UGUACUACACAGGUGACGGGAGACAGCGCAUGUCGGCCAUCUUUUGUUUUUUCGCGCGCUUUCUCGUUUUGUGAAGUUUGUUUACAUCAGUGCGAGGCAGACGCUGCAACCUGGGUGGUGGCCUUCAACUGGUGGUGCUCCGCUAUGCCAGGCAGUGUGUAUUCUAUCUCAAAGUCAAGAAGCAUCUGUCCACAAACUUUUUGAGGGAACCCACACUGCAUCCCUCCCAUGCUGGUGAAGUUUGAGGAGCAUGCAAGAAUAUGGUGGGGAAGAGGGCCAUGUGAGAUGGAAGGCUGAGGCAAAUUCUCCAUUGGUGAAUCAAGUCGGGGACAGCAUGGAGGAUCCAGUGAGUCCAGCAACACCUGGUGCUGAGUCGUUGUGGAAUGCAGAUUCUGAUGCCAGCUCGGAAUUGAGUGACAUCUAUGGUGACAUAGACGACCAUGCUGCCAGGAACUUGGAGGCUGAAGAUGUGGAUGAUGCUGACAUAUUUCAAGAGCUUGGUAGGAUUGCAGAUGAGGAGAAACAAUUAUCCAGCUACAGGGCAAGCUUUGAGGCUCAAGGAAACUCAGGUCUCAUAUUUGAUGUCUAUUCACAAAACCAAAGGAAAGAAAAUUGCCAGACUGAGCAAACUACAAGUGAACUCACUGAUGGUAAAAUGACACCUACUUGUGACAGUAAUGUCUUGGGUCACAACUUGUCACAGACUGAGAAGGAUUAUGCCAGGAAAGAAGAAAAAUCUGAGGCUCUAAUUGGUAAUUCUACAUUUGUCUGUGAGAGUAGAGAAAGUGAAUUUUUGCAAGAUGGCAGUUCUGUGAGCACUUGUAGCAAAGCAAAAAAGAAACAGACAAGAGAUGGCACUAAAAAGAGUGUUGAGAGCCACUCUAAAAAAAAAAGCAAAAGUCAUGAGCAUAAGGAUUCAGGGAGCAAAAAGGAAAACAAAACAGGUUCUUGGAAUGGCAGUCCCACAGCUUUACAGUUAGGCGCAAGUCCGAACAAAGACCUACAGUUUGUUCUCUCACGUGUGAUGAAUUCAAAAUGCCCACUUCGGAGUAGGGAAACUGACUCGUCUGCCAAAAAGAAUGGUGAUGUUUCCAAGAAUCAACAUUCUUUACCAAAGGAAAUUAGUUCAGAAAGAUGUGAUCAUAGCAAAAGCAGCAGUAGAGAGGAAACACUUUCAUCUAAGGGGAAUUGCAAAAGUGCCACGUCAGAAAGUAAAAUGGGAGGGAAGGAAAAGGUUUUAGAAGUACAAGAGGGAAAACCAAGUGAUGAAAGGAGUGUGAUGAGAGUAGCCACAGAGGCAAAGGAGUUACACACAGCACCUGGGCCCGCACCUGUCAGCAUAGCCUCGGUCAGUGUGGUAGACAAAAUAAUGAUGAUGGCUGGAGGUCCCAAUCGGUCCUCUGCUGCAGAUUUUAUGAAUGUGGGAGAUGCAUCCACCACAGAGAAGAAAACAAACUCAUAUACAAUCCCCAAGAAAAUUAAGAAGGAAAGUCAAGAUAAUCAGCUUGACUUGUUUGAAGAUUUUCUCGUUGGUCAGGACAGAGAUGAGCUCCUUCAAGAGUUAAAGAAGCUAAAAGCAGAGCAAGAACAGCUGCAAGAGAGUCUCCGCAGCUCACAACAACGAUGUUUGGGGCUGGAGAAGGACAAUGAGACCCUUCUGAACAACAUGUCCUCUCUGUGGAAGACUUCAGUAUCUCAGCUGCGCCAAAAGACCAAUGAGCUCACCACACUAAAGAGAGAGAAGGAGGCCAUCAUCUUCCGCCGAGCCAUGCGUCAGGUGCCCAAAGAUGAGCUUGACCGUGUUGUCUCACACAUUGCUGCAUAUGACAAAGAGGAACUUAAGGAUUUCAUCAAUAGCCUAAAGGAGGAGAAAGAAGAGAAGAAGGAGUGUAUGUGCUCAAGAGGCACAACAACCCCAGGGAGGAGUGAAAGCGUCGGCCAGAGAGUGAGACAGGCUACUAGAGGUGUACGUCUCAGUCCCUCUUCAGACAGUGAAGCACAGACACUCAAGAAUCUGCUAGGGAAGAAGGGGGAGACAGUCACCCACUCAGAAGAGAAACUCAGAACUUGGAGUAAGACCAGAGCUUCUUUCAGGUCCCAGAAGUGCCUGUUCCCAAGAGAGGAGGAGAGAAAAGAAGACGUAAAACUAAAGACUGAGAUGACAAAGUCAGUUUGGAGCCGCCUGGGAAGAAAUGAUCUGGAUAGGAGAAAGACAGACGUCGAAAAUGAGAGAAAUAGGAUUAGUGCAAAGGAGGAAGAACAUGCGAAUAGAAGCAGAGAUGCCAGUAAUCUAGGAGACCAUAGUAGAAAUAAAAAAUCUUCAUCAGACAAAGAAAAAGAUUCAAGAAAGAGUGUGUUUUCAAGACUGGGUAUUAAGAGAACCACUACUAAUGAAGAGGAAAAUGCCAGUCCUUCCAUUGAUAAACAUUCACAAGAUGAUGGUUCAGAUGUUAAGAGAGGUCUGUCUAAAGAUGGUGUGCCUGAUGCUAAAACUCCACAGGGAAAAAUGGAAAAGAUGCAUCAUGUGAAAAAGGCUGUGGAGUUGAGUGAUAAGUGUAUGGAGAAAGUAAGGCCAUUUAAGGAACCUCAGGAUGAAUCUCUGAAAGACAGGACACCAUCAGGCAUCCAGGUUUCCUCCAUUAGUGAGUCUGCUGAUGCUCCACACAGCACUACCAUGAAGCAUGAGAGCUUGGGUGCACAUUUAUCCAAAGAUCCAGCACCUGCCCAAGAGAAUGGGGAUGAAACAGGAGUUCCUUCAGGCUUUGAAGAUGAGAUGUUAAGCAAAACACUAUUUGGCCAGAGGAUGAAGAAUAGGCUGAAAAAUUUAAGCAAGCCCCAUCUAACAAUAGAGCAGGAACAGACUUUGUCCUCUCCAUCAAGUCCAAAUGUACACACGAGUAUACCAAAGCCACAUGUAGAGACCACACCUACUCACAGACAGAUAAGGCCACAAGACAAAUCCAAAGCAACCAUCACUAGUCCUCUUGAGAAUGUGAGGAAAGUCAUACCUGCAGAGUCCAAAGCUCAAAGUGAGGACAAGGUUACUAUCAGGUCUGAUGAAGGUGAAAUCAAGCAAGAUCUGUAUGGAAAUGAUAAACAGGGUGAUGGACUAUCAUUGGAAAAGAACAGCAAAAGAUUGAGAAAGAAGCUGCUCUCCAUAUGCAAAGAAAGCAGUGAACUAGGGAAUAAAAAUUUUUUGAAAGGAAAUGUAGAGGUUAGUAAAGAGCCUUCAGAAAAGAGAACUCAGGAAGUAUAUGAAACCACCAGUGACAAAGAAAAAGAAAAGGAACUCACAGAAACAACCAGAGGAAACUGUCAAGAGAUUCAGGAAGAUAAUGUAGAACAGGUUGAAAAAAAUUACUCUGAAAGACAAGUUAGAAGUGCAGAUAAUGAAGACAUGAUGAAAAACGAAAAAAUGCUGGGUGAUCAGAUGAAAACAUCAGAGUGGAAUGAUAUUGAUAGUAAGGAAAUGGAUGGUGCAAUUUUAUGCUUGGCUAAACUUAGAAGUGUAUUCAUUAGUGAGGGGAAGAACAUAAACAAGCAGCAAGAGAAAGAUAAGCAUCUUCUCAGUCUCUUUGGUGAUGAAAAUUUAAGUGAGGAUGAUGGUGAAUUAAUUAGCAAGGAAGAAAGUAAAGAAAAUCAAGGUUCAGAGAUUCACAGAACCUCAGAAAGUCAAGAGACACCUAAUAAUCAGUGUACCAACAGGAAGCUUGAAUGUAAAAUGUUGUUACCACAAGUUAAGAAUAGAGACUCAGCCAAGAAAGUGACAGAGGUACAUACUGAGGUUGAAAAUGUACAAAAACUUAAAAAGGACAGUGUACAAGCAGGUGAUUGUGAAAAUAAACUGCAACAAGGACUAAAUAGUAACCAAGAAGGUGAUACAGAAGACACAGAUACAGUUACUGCCAAGGAAUAUCCAAAGAGGAAAGAAUCAAACAGAACUGCCUAUCAAGCUCAGAAAUCAAAAGAUGGCAGUGAGAAGGUGAAUCAUAAAUCAGUACUAAAGGAGAGGAAGAGGAAGUCUUUGAAAAAUGCCUCAGAAGUAGAUGUGCAGAAUGAAAGCAAGAGUAGAGACAAGAGCCAGACAACAUUAAGGAGUGGUGAAGACCAUAGUUCUAUGUUUGAGGUAAAGCACAGGAAACACCAUACCAAAGAUAGAACUAAAAAAAUAAGAUCAGAUGCAAAAAAGCACAAGGAUUCAGACAUCCAAAAUGUGGAGGAGCAAGCAAAAGAGAAAACUAACUCAGAAAAGAAAAAUGAAAGCAAGAAAACUUCCUUGGAUAUGAAACAGAAAUCUGGCAAGUCAGAACACAAAACCAACACCAAGGAAACAGAAGACACUGUACCUGUAACACAGAACACAGAUGAAAGGAAUGGAGUGACUACAAGCAAAAGGAAGAGCAAGAAGAAACAUGCCUCUGAUGAAAGUAAUGAUAAAGAAAAAUCUAGUGACACUACUAAAGGUGGUUCAUUACAGCAGAAGAAAAAUGAUGGGAAGAUUCUUACCAGAACUCCCACCCCUGUUUUAGAUGAAGAAAUGAGUAGUGAUGAUGAGGAUGAAGAAGAUGCUGAAGUUGAUGUAGAAUUGAACAAGAGCCCAGUUCAGAGUCCUAGAAUGGAAAAUAUAUUGUUAGAACAUGAAGCCUUGGAUGGUAUUAAGCAGCAGGAUCAAAGUGAUGGCAAGCAAAUGAGAGAUGCAGAAGGUAAAAAGAAGAAUGUGAAAAAUAAUCCUGAAAAGAACCCAGAUGAAGACCUUGAAGGAGAAAGAACAAAUGUAAUCAAAGAUAAGAAAAUUGGAGAAGAGGAUUACUCCAACAUUACACAUGAUAGGAAUGAUGAGUGUCAGGAUAAUGUGAGGAAAGAAAGAGAAGUCACCUCUCAAGACACCAUGAGCAGUAUUGAUGACCAGGACAACGACAUCUUGCAAAGUCUGCUGGGGACGAACUACAAUGAGGACAGCCUCUUUUUAUCAGAGGAGGAGUUAUUGUAUGAAGAUGGCUGUGAAAAGGAAGAUGAAGAAGAAGAAGAAAGAAACUCUGUGCAUGAUCAGAAAAUCAAGUAUGGAAGUGAUAGUAAGAAUGACCAUAAGGAGAGUAUAGUGGAGGAAGAACAAAAAUUGAAAAAACAGACAGAAUCAAAGGAACUAAAUGAAAAGACAGACAGAGUUUGUGACCUGGACACAAAAGUGAGCAUCACAGAAAGUAUCAGCUCCCCUCGAAGGUCUGGAAGGGAGAGAGGACGAGACACACCUAAGGGCAAACCUCAUGGAAGUUAUGGUGGCCGGGAUGACACAGACACAACAAAAAAAAGUGUAGACAAACAAUCAAGAGGAGAUGCACUCACUCCUAAAACAGGAGAGAAGGAAAAUUGCAGCCGGAGUCCAUCACACAGCCCAUCACCCCAGAAAGGUAAUCUGUCAAAGCCUCUUGGGAGCAGAAUAAAGAAGCUGUUCCCAAGUACCAGUAGCAGGAGGCAGCAGGGGAGGGAGGAAGGUGUUAGUCCCUUGAUGGCCAGGGAGGAGAGGCUCCAGAGUAAGAGAACAGAGAAACAAGAGCCACUGAGUAAAAGAGCAGAGAAGCAAGAACCACAGAGUAAAAGAGGGGAAAGGCAAGAGCAACAGAGUAAAAGAGUGGAGAAGCAGGAGUCACAUAAAAGACUGGAGAAGCAAGAGCCACAGAAUAGAAGAAGCGAAAGGCAAGAGUCAAGACAUUCCAGAGAUGAGACUGGUAACCUAAGGCCAAAGGAUAAGGACAGGAGGAAAGAUGCAGAGGAACACAACAGAAAGAGGGAGUCACACAGUCCACAUGUGUUGUCAUCCCAGAACAGAAAAAGUCCACCUAGAUUGAGGAAGGGUAGGAAAAGAGAGAGAAGUGAAUCAGAAGUAAGUGGGAAAAAGGACUGGUCUCCCAGAAAGAAAGGUGAAAGAAGUUCACCAAGGAAAAGGGAAUCAAGAGAAGAUAAGGAAGAGCCAGCCAGCAAGAAGAGGAGGGUGUCUGUAAAGAGUCGCCUUACUCUACCACCCAACAGUGAUGAGGAAAACAUGACAAGACCAGCAAGGUGGCAGCCAUCAACCCCAGAGACUCAGAGAACAAGGAGAAUAAGCUCAAGACUAAGAAACCAGUCCCAUGUUGCUGAUGAACACAUGAGAGAACCUGGUUGGCAAGGUGGAACACAAUAUGCUUCCAAGACUCCAGAGACUCAGAAAAAAUCGUCACCCAGCAGUGUGCCUGUUGACAGCAAGUUACUCCGUAGCAUUCUGACACAGUCUUCCUCCAAGUGUAUGGAACAGGAAGAUGAAAAGGAGGAAGGAGAAUUAGAUGAGGAUGAAGAAGAGGGAAAGGAAGAAGAUGGCUGUGUUGAUGAACCUAUGAAGAAUCAUAACAAAGAUAAUGAGACGUGUGACACAGUCAGUAAGAAGAUGAAUGACAUUGGGAGGCAACCAUUGAAACCAAAGGAACAUAAUAGUAACAUGGAAGACAAAGGAAAGACUCUGCAGAUCAAAGAACACAAGGCAAGUAAACACAAUGCCUGUGUAGAUAGCAGAGACACACAGGAUGGCAAAUCAUGCGAGACAGAUAAACAAAACAUUCCAGUUGCUGCUGACAAGGAACAUUAUGAACAGAAAAAUGCAGAUUCCAAAAUAGUAAUCCCAGAUAGGACACUAGACAGUGAAAUAAGUCCUGAAAGGGUGCAGUACACAGCAUGUGGCAUAGAAGGGCAAAAUAAUCCCAGAUCCAGCAAAAAGAGAGGUGAGCCAGAGAAGCAGCAGUACAGCCAAAGCAAAGCUUCAUCACCCAGGAUGACAUCACUGGUGCAGGAUGCUGUUCAACACCAAGAUAUGAAGACCAGAAGGAACAGAAGAAAAACACUUGAGUACCUUUCAGAGGACAGAAAAGAGGACGAAGACCACAAUAGGGAGAACUGUACUCCAGUGGAUGAUAAUGCCACUUUUUAUCCAGGAGAUCUGUUUCAACUCAUGCAGCCCAAAGCAAAGGGUCACCUUCCUCCAGACUUGUCAAUGUCUUCCAUUUCCUCAGUGAGUGAUGACACCAUAGACUUGAUGGUGAAGCAGCACAAUGAAAACUUUCCCUUUGAUAUCACCAAUGGCAGUGAUGACUCAGAGACCUCUCUCUUGAAAUACAUAGCUGGUAGUGAAGAAGAUAGAUGUGAUGAUAAUGAGGUCUAUGAACAAAAAGAAAGAACAAAGGGUAAUAAUUGUGUACCUAAUAGUGACAAUGACAGUUGUGAUGAGGAUGAAGUUAAUGAUGAAAAAGUAAAAGGAACACUGCCUGAAAAUUUACACAAUUUGGGAACAAAAGAAAUAGUUCUCAAUAGUAACACAGGGAUUAGUAAAAGGAAGACUCGGUUAAUGCAUGAAAAUGAACAGGUCAGCCCUCAUGAUAAUGACUUGAGUGGAGAGGAGUACACUAAAGAUACUGAGUUUGCCAUGCAGAUACACAAGGAGGUCACUACCAAGGGUAUGGAGAAGAUUACCCAACAGUGCUACAAAGAUACAAGUGAGUCAAGGUCUCCAGUUAGGUGUGGGUCAGAAAGUGCAUUGUCAUAUUCUAGUACCUCAAGUGAGUCCAAAUCUCCAUUCAAGUGUGGUUCAGAAAAUGUGUCGCCAAGUUCUAGUGCCUCAAGUGAGUCUAAGUCUCCAGUUAGGUGUGGAUCACAGAAUGUGUCAUCAAGUUCUAGUGCCUCAGGUGAGUCUAAAUCUCCAGUGAGGUGUGAGUCUCAAAACAUGUCAUCAAGUUCCAACACCUCUGACAGCAGAGCAGACACUGAGAGACAGGACAUACCUAUCCAUUCAGCUGUCUGCACCACACAUCCUUCCAACACUGAGGAGGAGGACAUUAGGGGCACGACUGUCUGCCAAACCAACAUCACUGAGGCUGACAUGGAUGAGCAGGACCAGCAGAGCUCCAGUGAUGAUGAAGAUGACUCGGAGUUGGAUGUUGAAAACACGGAUGGUGAAACUGAUGAACACACCAGAAAGUUGGCUGAAAAUAAUUGUAGAACCACUUCUGAUGGUCAGUAUUUCACCAGAAGAGAACAUGAAGAUAAUGCAGUUGUUGAAGAUUUACCAAGUGAAACCAGGCCCAUCACAGAAUCUGAGAAAGCUAAUAAUGAAGCUAAUAGCUCUGAUGACUCUGACUCUGACAGUGACUGCGAAUGUAGUGAAUGUAACAGUAGUAGCAGCAGCAGCAGUAGCAGUAGUAGUGGCAGCAGUAGCAGCAGCAGCAGCAGUGACUCAAGUUCCUCAGACUCAGAAAUGGAGGAUGCAGGUGUGGAUGGAGUGGAGGAUCUUGAGAAGUCCAUGUUUGGAGGUGAAAAAAAUUCUGUGCCUGUUAAUCACAUGGCAUCAGGGGUUCAGUCAUGUGACCAGGAAUCCAGUAAGACAGUGCCAGCCUCUCCCAUCAAGCUAGUUUCUCCCACCAAACUUGGGUGUAAGACUCCAAAGAAAACACCUAGGAAGACUUCCAGUAGAACUCACAUGACAGAACUGAGUGAGUCUUCAGGCAGCAUGGGGGCCUUUAAGAAGACACCAAAAAAGCCUCCUUGCAAAAAGACACCAUGUAAGAAAACUGUCAGUAAAGAUGCUCAAAGCAGAACACCAAAAGCCAAAAGAGUCCAUGCUUCCCUUCCUGCCAGCACAGAGAGGCAGCCCCAGGACACCGUCCAUACUUCAUCAGAAAAGAGCGGUCAUUUUCACAGCCUUUUUGAACCUUCCAAUGAGAAUGGUAUUAAUGAAGACCACAAAACCAGCCAGGCAGAUCUAGGCAACAGUGACAUGCAGACUUCCCUCAGAUGGUCACUACAGCAGUCUGAAGACACAGUGAGGACAAGGCAUAACACUUCCACCCCACAAACAAACAGUGACUUGUCUUUGAACAAGAAUCCUGAAAAACAGAAAGCUAGUCUUCCACCAGAUUCAUUUAUUAGUAAAACUUCCCAAUUAAAGCAGAAAGCCAGUCCUUUAGAUGGAAGUUCCUCCAGCAAGACUUACUUCAUGAGAAGUAAAUUAUCUCCAGUGUCACUAACUUCCACCCCUCAAACAAACAGUGACUUGUCUUUGAACAAGAUUCCUGGAAAACAGAAAGUUAGUUCUCCAUCAGAUUCAUUUAUUAGUAAAACUUUCCAGUUAAAGCAGAAAAUCAGUCCUUUAGAUGCAAGUUCCUCCAUCAGCAAGACUUACUUCAUGAGAAGUAAAGUAUCUCCAGUGUCACUAACUAAUACAGCUCCAUCCAUGCCCUUCAUAGAGACUGCUGAUGCUCCUGAUAAAAGAUCAAGUUUUGGCCCCAGCCCUGGCCGCACAGCCCAGCUUUCUUGUACAGAUUCCAAUAAUGUCAUAUCAGUGGUGCAUAACAGCAAGAAAAAUGUGAACCAAGUACCAAAGAAAACCAGCUCCAGGACACCCAAAAAGGUUAUCCAGAAGGAGGCAGUCACUACUACUCCCACAGUGGAAAAAUCCACUGCUAAAAAGCGCCGGUUAACCCCAACCCUUGUGGUGUCUAAUGUGAGGAACUCUUCAGGAAAGAAGAUGCGGAUGAUUGCCCCAGCCAUGUACGAGGGUGUCUCUCCAAGGAAGCUCUUUGCAAGGACAGAUAAAAUUAACCAGGAAAGAAAUUCACCUCUUCUGUCUAGCCCUGGGAGCAGUGUAGGUUCCCCAGAACCCACAAAGAACAGCAUCAACAAGGACAUUGUUGUUCCGGUGAAAGUUCGGCGAGCCAAGAGACAGCUUAACCUUGGCUUAUCAAGUUCACCAGUACAGCACAUCUACAUGGGCAAGCAGUCUCUUGGCCAAAGUAAUGCUGCCGACAGUGGGAGCCUUCAUGGAGGUGCCUCACAGGCUGGAGGAGGCAUGACACCAGCACAACAAAAGACAGGUGACAGUUCAGGGCAAGUCCUGCGUAGGAGUCCAAGGAAGUCCCAGCAGUCCUCUAAGCUGAGCAUAUAGUACAAAUUUUCUUGCUGGUGUUUGUCUUUUGCAGCUGGUAUAUGUAUUUUUUUUUUUUGCAAGUAGGUGAUGUUCUUCAGCACUCCCUUGUCUGUUUUAGAUCUCUUUUUCAAGAGUAAUUUUACAUCAAGGGCACAUUCUUUGUACAGUCUUUUUCAGAUGUAAAUAAUAAAUUUGUAUGAUUUUUUUA